GUAUCUGAUGGUGGCGUCCACAGUCACAUCAAUCACCUAUACCAUCUCUUAGAAUCCGCAAAAAACUACGGUAUACCCAAAGCUUAUGUCCAUUUCUUUGGUGAUGGACGUGAUACAAAUCCUCGCUCAUCAGACAAGUAUCUCGAGCAACUUCAAAACUACAUAAAUGAGAUAAAUUACGGAGAAGUUGCCACUAUCGUGGGCCGAUAUUAUGCCAUGGAUAGAGACAAGAGGUGGGAGCGUAUAAAGGUUGCUUUUGAUGCUUUGACUUUGGGUGCUGGUGAGAAAUCUCUAAACCCGUCGUCGAUAAUUGAAGAACGCUUCAAAAAGGACGAAACUGACGAAUUCUUAAAACCUAUAAUUAUUUCUGAUGAAGGACGUAUUCGAGAUGGAGAUACUCUAUUCUUUUUCAAUUAUCGUGCCGAUCGCAUGCGUGAAAUUGUGCAGGCUUUUGGAAUAUCACCGCCGCCAUUUGAAGCAGAUAAUAUUACAUGUAUGACUAGAUAUAAAAGCGAAUUCCCAUUUCCUGUUGCGUUUCCUCCACAAACUAUGGACAAUGUUUUAGCAGAAUGGCUUGCAAAGAACAAGAUUCCACAAUGUCACUGUGCAGAAACCGAAAAAUAUGCCCACGUAACCUUCUUUUUCAACGGCGGCGUCGAAAAACAAUUUGAUCUCGAACACCGCGAGUUAAUUCCCUCCCCUAAAGUUGCAACCUACGAUCUAAAACCCGAAAUGUCAGCCGCCGAAAUCACCGACAAAAUGAUUGAACAAAUCUCAUCUGGCAAGUUUCCGUUUGUGAUGUGUAAUUUCGCGAAUCCGGAUAUGGUUGGACAUACCGGUGUUUACGAGGCGACUGUGAAAGCGGUUGCAGUUACUGAUGAGUGUAUUGGACGUAUUUAUGAAGCGUGUGAAGCGCAUGGAUAUACUUUGUUUAUCACGGCUGAUCAUGGAAAUGCAGAGCAGAUGAAAGAUGAUAAAGGAAAUCCUCAUACUGCACAUACUUGUAAUCCAGUACCGUUCAUUAUGACAUCCAAAACUUAUAAAUUUGUGGACAAUGCUGAUGGAGCUUUAUGUAGCGUUGCUCCCACGAUUUUAGAUGCAUUGGGUCUUGAGAUUCCAAAAGAAAUGGAUG